CCAUGAGUUGGCAAGAUCAAUAUGUUCGCUGCCUUGUUGAAACCACACCUGCCGCGCGGUUACCUCAUCUCCCGCAGCCGGUGUAACAUCCUCGUAGUACGCACUAUGGAGGCCUUGGCUACAAGCAACCCUAACAUCCCAAAGGAGGCCCCUAUGUCUACCGAGAAGCCAACAAAGAUCCCUCGCCUAGAGAAGGAGGACGCGGUCGCAAACGAGAACGGUUCGUCUAAGCUAAGCGAGGAGCCAGCUACCAGGCCCAGCGAGGAGCCAGCUCAGGUUGCAAUUGCGGAUGUGGAGGAGAAACUGCUUGUCAAGAAGCUUUCAGACAAGGCAACGCUACCUAAGCGGGGUUCUGCGGGCGCUGCUGGCUACGAUUUGGCCAGUGCUGAGGAGAAGGUGGUGCCUGCGCGCGGCAAGGCCCUCAUCAAGACCGACAUUGCCAUCCGCGUGCCGAAAGGCACCUACGGCCGCGUUGCUCCACGCUCUGGUUUGGCCUCUAAAAACUUCAUCGACACCGGUGCGGGUGUGAUUGACGAGGACUACCGCGGCAACGUGGGCGUGCUCCUCUUCAACCACUCGGACGAAGACUUCCAAGUCAAGGUCGGCGACCGCGUCGCUCAGCUGGUUCUGGAGCGCAUCGCUGUCCCUGACGUUGCUGAGGUGGAGGAGCUCGAUAGCACGGAGCGUGGCGCCAACGGCUACGGCUCCACCGGCGUUGCGGCCAAGUAACUGACACAAGAGAUGGAGCAGCUUGCAGCGCCACCUGAUACUGUACGACAUUGUGUCAUAUCGAUGUACCACCACUGUAUUUCCGUUGUGCAGGUUUGCUGGUAGUGAAUGAUUCGGCUGAUGGCUGGUGGGAAUCGUAGCGAGCGCACAAAGCAGGGGGGCUGGUCGUA